AAAAGAAAGAAUUACAGAAUCUUCAAGUCAAUCUUCAAUAUUUAGUGAAUCUCAGUGCAUCAAGAUCUGACCUACAAUAAUGAUGGAAGUACGCUACAUUGCUAUUGCAUGCAUGUUGUGUGUGGUCCUACUGCAGAUGGGAUCCUCUGAUGCUGAUUUAGCCCAAUUCUGUGGCCAGAUAGUUCGAUAUACACGCCGUGGUUGCCUCAAUUACAAUAACUAUGGCUGUUGGUGUGGAAACGGAGGUAGUGGUCCAACACUAGAUGGCGUGGACAGGUGUUGCAAGACCCACGACUUGUGCUAUAUUCGUAACUCUGGGUGCAACCCAAAGUGGAGGUGGUAUCCAAGACGUGGUGGACAAUGCACGGGCAGUCGAGGAUCCUGUGGCUACAAUGUCUGUAAAUGUGACGAGGAUGCAGCCAGGUGUUUUGCCAGAAACUCAUACAAUUCUGGUUAUAAGGGAGCCAGGAGUAAAGGGAGAUGCUAACUACAUGUGAUACAAACAGUUAUACACUUACAUAGACUUGAACUUACAUACUGUACUUCUACUUAAUUUGGCGCUACUCAUUUUGGCUGAUUUGCUUUUUGAACAUUUGACGGCUACUUAAUUUGGCAG